AUGUACGAAACUGAAAAAGAUUUCAAGCUCAUAGGAUAUACCGAUAGCGACUGGGCUAAAAGCGUGGAUGAUAGAAAAAGUACAAGUGGAUUAAGGAAACACUCAAUUGCCCUCAUUCCGAAAUUCCAAAACCCUGCUUGGGUACAUUGCACAUUCGCUCAAGCUGCCCACCAACAAGUAGAAGAAGUAGAAAUCGAUCCAAGAAAACUUCCUGCAGAUUAUGACUCAUCAAAAUUCGAUCCCACAUCCCAUAGAAGCUGUCCCAGUGACAGAGUUUUCAAGCUUGUUGAUGAAGUUUCAUCACUUACAUUAUCUAAAGCAGCUGAAUUAGGGAAAGUUUUGAUGAACAAAAUGGGGAUGAAAGAAGAUGAAGUUCCUGUUGUUGGGGUCUUAAACCCUAGUGCAGCAGCUGGGUUAGCUCAAAUGGCAGCGAAUUCGGGUUCCACUAUUGGUAAUGAUCAAGAAGCGAAGAAGGAAGAAAAGAGUGUGUUUGAAUUGAAAUUGGAGUCAUUUGAGGCUACAUUUAAACUUAAAGUUAUUAAGGAAAUUAGGUCAUUUACUGAUUUGGGAUUCAAGGAAGCUAAAGAUUUAGUUGAGAAAACACCUUUGAUUUUUAAGAGUGGUGUUCCUAAAGAUGAAGCUGAGGCCAUUAUUGAGAAGAUGAAAGCUGCUGGAGCUAAAGUAGUUAUGGAAUGA